GUGGUGACUAGUUUGUCUAUGCUUUAUGUUUUUAUUGUAAUUUUUAUUUCAUUUCUCGCAAGUUGCAUUGCCUACUUCAAAGUCUCCGCCCGUUUAGUGUUUUCCUUAUAAACUAUAUUUUGAGUGUACAGUUGUGUAUUACGUUUUAUAGUUUAAGGAAAGAAGAUUACGUUACACUACAAAGUGUACUGGUCAACGCCACCGAGCUUGUCGCAUCCUCUUCUUCGCCUUUUCAGAAACCUGUCAGAUUACGCAGACGCACAUUGACAAUGUAGUCUAUCGUCGUGCGAAAACUUCUACAGGAUCAUGGAGCAGAGCUACACAUCUAGUUGAACUAUUUCACAGAUCGACGGAAUAGUCCUGUAUCAUUUCCUCUCUGUACGGAUCAUUUCAGUGGGGCGACAUGGACCUGCUGUCUCCGGACGCGGAGGGCGGCGCGGCGACGGGCAGCGUGAAGAGCGACGACAGCACGCCCCCGCACGAGGGCGGGCGGGGCUCGCCGCCGCCCAACUGCGCCAUCUGCCUGGGCACCUGCCGGAACAAGUGCUUCACUGACUCCUGCCUGCACCAGUUCUGCUUCAAAUGUCUACUAACAUGGAGCAAGGUGAAAGCGGAAUGCCCGCUCUGCAAACAGAACUUCAAGUCAAUAAUACACAACGUGCGCUCCAACCACCAGUACGAGGAGUACAUGGUGGAGCAGCGCGUGGAGACCAUCCCGGACCCCGCGGUGGACCUCAGCAACGCCACCAGGAGGUUCCGCUACAGGACAACGCUGACGCUGCCGCGGCGCGACACGCUCGCCAUCCAGCACCUGCUGAUGCACUACCCGAUGAUGGCGGGCGUGCUGCCGCCGCCGCCGGCCGCGCUGGCCGCGCCGGCGCCCGGCCCGCCGCCGCGCCGGCGCCGGCGCUCGCCCAGCUCCUUCCGGCGCACCGUGUACCGCCACAACCUGUGGGCCCGCCCGCUGCCCGACUUCACGGGCCGCUACCGGGACUGCUCGCCCGAGUUCUACAGGCGCAACGACUCGCAGAUGCACCGGCUGGUGCCGUGGCUGAGCCGCGAGCUGCACUACCUCCUCAACGAGAACGCGGGCCACAUCUCCUACGUGAUGGCGCGCCUGCUCGAGCUGCUGCCGCAGUACCACAUCACCUCCGCCGAGUUCGCCGCCGCCGUCCAGAGGUACUUCGGGGACCGCACCGAACACUUCCUCCACGAGCUGCACUGCUUCGCCUCGACCCCCUACGAUAUGGCCGGCUACGACCGACAGGUGCAAUACACUACCGACACGAGGAUAUCCACGGUGGUCAACGAGAUCUCCAGUACGGACUCGGACUCGGAUUCGGAUAUAGUGAUGGUGUCGUCGUCGGCCCCCCAUCCCGAACCUCCCCCCGGCCCCUCCCGGCCGCCGGCUCCCAGUAUAGUCCCUAUCGAAACGGUCUCGCACUCGGGCACCGAUGACGACGAGGAAGUGGUAGUGGUCGGUUACAUCAAGCCGCCCGCGGACCGGACCCCCGAGGUGGUGGAUCUGGUCGGGUCGGACAGCGACGUCGUAGUGCAAGAGGCCCCGGAGCCGGAGAGGAACCUCGUCAAGUUGAGUCUGACGCGACGUCGCGUGCCGAGCGACAGCGACAGCAGCUACGUGCCCGAGCCGGAGGAGAGGCCUAAACGGAAGCGACGGCACCGCUCCCUCUCCCCCGCGGACACCGCGCGCCUCACCCCCUCCCCGCCCCCCGCCUCGUCGCCGGCGCUCGCUCCGCCGGACUCUAACACCUCGACGUCGGACCCCGACCCGUCUUCGUCCUCAGAUUCCGAGGACAGGCGUCGGCGCAACCCGAAACGAACGCGCCGGAAAAGUCGCAAAGACAAGAAGCGUAGUAAAAAGAGUCCCCCGCGCCACCGCGAGCGUCGCAAGGCCUCCGACCGACCCAAACACAAGUCCCACCACGGCCACGGGGUCAAAAGUUCCCGGAGGCCGGAGGAGCCCGAACCGGGACCCAGUACGAGCAGGGCCUCGAGACUCAGAAGCGUGGUCAACGUCCCGGCCAAAUCCAGCGACUCGAGCUCCAGCGGGCACUCGAACCUCCUCAACCUGCUGAGCAGCGCCAUCCUGAACCCGCACUCCAACGUGCUCGCCUACAACAGCGACAGCGGCUCCGUGCCCGACUCGCGCCGCGCCCCCCACGCGGACCACCUCAUACAGAAGGCGGAGUCCUGCUUUAAAACUGAAUCAUCGGGGUCCGACCCGGAGGACGAUCUGCCUCUUAACCUGUCUGUGCAGCGUUCGCAUCCACUUUGAAGUGUUGAAGUUAUUCCACGUUCCGGCAAAGAUUGGCAGAAAAUUGGUACCGACUUUGGCUUAAAGCUGGAUGCACGAACAAUGCGCUUUAAAGCCCCAUGAAUGCGUGCAUCUGAUUGUGAAUCAAAUCUGGACUAGAUCAGAACCAGACUAUGUGGAAUGUGUUAGCGGUGGUUCCUCUCGUGCGAGAUAUUGUGAUACAUUUAUACUUAGGCGACGGACGCUCGGGUGACGUCAUUGUAUAGUGACCUAUUUAUGUAGAUAUUAUUUGAUUAAUUGCUAAGUGCGUUGCGAAGACUGUUCUGAAUACUUUGCGAGAUUUUCUUCGAUUCUGAUGAGACUUUAUUUACCUCUUUAAGGUCGCCUUUACCGCAUGUUUUGCUGACGUGAGUGCUUAGCGAUGGGGACGAAAUUGAUUUGUUACAAGUGCUGAAAUUCAAAAUGUGAAAUUUCUACUUGAGGAAUCUAUCUAAAGGAAUCGAAAUUAUAAUUAUCCAAAUGAAAGUUCUCUUUUCCUGAAAUUUCCGAGAACUUUUCCAACUUUUUGUGAAACUUUCCGCAACUAGAGUAAUUAACUUACGUAGUUAGAAGUAUCUAGGUGCCGUCCCUAACGACUAUGGACUUACGUAAGUAAAUAGAUAUUUAAAAUAUCCGACUGCUGAAAUAAAUAUGCCUAUGUCACUACCAUAAUUUUACACUGUUAAACAAACUUCUGGGUUGCCGGCUUUCAAAAAAGUAACGUUGGACGCGCCAAAUAAUAUAGUCGUCACACAUUAUAAAACAUUACCCUCUGAUAUUCAGCAGUUGGGUAAUUGGCAGGCUACUGUAGACUUACUUUAUCUGUAAGUGUUACUCUGUUUAUAUGCUCGUACGAAUCGCUGGCAGUAACACAACUAUUUUAUGAUGCAACCUUACAUUGGCAACUAUGUAUCUUAAAUUUUAUUCUUCACUAUAUGAAAUAUUUCUAAGAAAAAGAUAGGACUUGAUUGGAAAUUGAAAUGAGAAUACUAAAAGCAGAGAUUCCUUGAAUGGUUUUAACAUUCCAUGUAUGUAUAAUAUUAGUAUUGCAAGUAUCAAUGCAUAUUGAAGUCCUGUCUUUUCCCUUGGAGCAAGUACUUGUGAUGUAAGGACUGUAUCGUUUAUUAUAAAUACAACUUUACUUAGCCGUUUUUUCUGGUAUUAUGUUUUUAUUAAAAAAUUACACAUAUAGUUUAAUUAGUGCUUUAAUAAUAAGUAACAUUUCGUCCUGGGAGAUCACGUAAAGCAUAUGGUUUGGACAAUAUUUACCCAAUCCUCCCGAGUAACUACAACGAUUUCGGACAAAUACUACAAGAAAAUUUACGGUUUGCGAACAAGAUAAGUAUUACACAAAAAAAAUCGUACUAUGUAAACAGCAAUUACAUAUGAUUCGUAAAGCGAAACAUCUGGGCAUAGUCUAAUCAUUUCUUUUAGUUGGAAAAAAAGUUUUGGAUCUGUGCUUGCUGGCCUUUUUGAAAAUAUGGCAUGUUACUUACGACAACCCCGACUUUGGUAUACAAUAUAACCAUCAUGGAGCGUUUCUAUCGACCUGUUCUAGCCAUGGUUCAACGCCAUGAAUGUCCGUUAGGCUUUGGAUUUCGGUAGAUUCUUUUAGCUGUUUCCGUCAUUUCCCUGGCGUCAGAAAUUGACGGGAAUCCAAAAUGUUGCAUAAAAAGUCGUUUUCAUGUAAAGAUAAAAUACACCACAUUUAUUCUGUGGAUGUUCAAUUGAGCAAUCAUGAAAAGGACACUUAGAUGGCAUAUUUUGGCAGCAUAUUAACCUUUUGUUUCUUUAAAUCGUACUAAGGAAUCGGUGAAAUAGUCUCAAAUUAAGCUCGAUAGGCUUGUCCGUAUUACAUUUGCUAGAAGGUAUUAAAAUCAUCAUAAAGUCCCUAAAAUAAAAUAAAUGUAAAACAUUCUUAUAUCAGAUAUGUCUUAAAAAUACCCCCAGAUUAUACCUUAAGAACAUAGUAAUACAAAAUAAUACACACGUCAACAGUUAGACCAGGUUUUAUCUGUAUUUAUAAUAAACGAU